CGCAGCUGAUCGCGCUCUGCCAGUGCACAUGCGCCCUCUGGCUGUUUUCGUUUCUCCUUCUCUCUCUCUCUCUCUCUCUCUCUCUCUCGUUUUACGUACCUCUAUCUCUCUCUUUCUACUCUCUCAGCACAUAGGUACUUUUGCACGAAAAGAGGUUAUAGCGCGGAUUUUGGCGAGAUAUCUCGGCCCAGCAAAGUGAAAAAUGCGCAGCUAAAUGCUCGCAGCGGUCGGCCGUUUGACGAGGAAUUUCGGAGCAACACUCGCGCCAACACCACCGAGGACUAUGUCGAGCAAAAGCAAAAAGAAGACGGGCAAAACGGUGCCCACGGCGAGCAAGAAGGAGCCAGAGUUACAGGGACCGGUCGGCAUUGACAAAGAUGGCAACGUCACUAUAAAGGUUCAAGCGAAGCCAGGCGCAAAGCAAAACAACAUUACAGAUUUUUCAGAAGAGACGGUAGGCAUAGCGAUUUCUGCGCCGCCACAAGAAGGCGAGGCAAACGCGGAGCUCGUCAAAUAUUUGGCGUCUAUACUGAACGUGAGAAAGUCGGACGUAACCCUAGACAGGGGCUCGAGGAGUCGACAAAAAAAAGUCAUCGUGACCGGCAGCAGCGUCGAGAAGGUGACGGAAAAGCUAAAAGCGGAAGCGGCGAGUGACUAAUUAUACGCAAUGCAUGUACAUAUAAUUCAUAACUACUAUUGUAAAUAAUGCAAAGACUGAAGAUUUUAAAUACGCGUUUUAUUAUAUCACAAUAAAAUUACUUCAAUUUCUGAUGUAGUGUUCUCGAAGAGAACAUUUUCAGAUCUCUACAGUUUUUACUUUAAAAUAUUUAUUAUUCUUUUAUAUUUUCGCAUUCGCGUGUCCAUAAGCCGUUACUCGUUAUAGUCGUUAUGGCAUUGUCGUUGUAAGUAACGAUGAUCCUUAUAUACAACUUUGUAAAUAAAAAUCUCAUCUUUUUUUCAACGUAA